CCGGCCCCCUCUCUCCCCCUCGUUUCUGGCAGUAGUACCACCACCACUCUCACUCCACACACACACCGAGCAUACAGCUAAGCAGGAGAGAGAAAGGGAAAGGAGGGGGGAGAGAGAGACGGGGUCCCCAAGUACAAUUCUCGCCUGGUUCUUGAUCGAAGGCAUGAUCAAGAAUUGCUAGAAAGUUCUAGAUCUUUGGACGGGGCGUCGUCUCCCUUCGACGUCUCGGUUUCUUUUGUUCUGAGCUCAGGCCAUGGAGGGUGGGGGAGGGAGUGGAAUCGGUGGGUUCCCUGGAGCCCCCGGCAACAUUCUCGAUGCGGCAGCUCAGGCGUUCUACCCUGCUGCCGGUGCCCCCUACCCUAUACAGCCGCUCCCGCACCAGGUAUACUGCCCCCACCCGUAUCCAGCCAUGCCGGUGCCACCGCCGGCGAUGGCCGUGCCGGUGCCAGUGCCUCCGAUGGCGAUGGCCCUGGCGCCGCCGCAGCCGGGGUACCCCUUGCCGACGUCGACGCCGGUGGUCGACGGCCCGUCUAGCCGCGUCGUGGUGCUGGGCCUGGUGCCGCCGCACGCGCAGGAGGCAGACGUGGCGCAGGCGAUGGCGCCGUUCGGCGCGAUCCGCUCCGUCGACGCGUCGGCGGUGGCGUCCGAGGGCGCGGUCACCGUCCACUUCUUCGACAUCCGCGCCGCCGAGCUCGCCGUCGCAUGCGUCCGCGAGCAGCACAUGCGUCAGCAGAGCCGCCUCGGCCAGCUCUACGCGGCGGCGGUUUCCUGGCCCCCGCCCCCGGCGCCCCAACCCUGGGACUGGCCCCACGACGACACCCGCGGCCUCGUCCUCGGGCACGCCGUGUGGGCCCACUUCGCCGCCGGCGCCGACGACGGCGAGAACCGCGGCUCCCUGGUCGUGCUCAGCCCCCUCCCCGGCGUCUCGGUCGCGGACCUCCGCCAGGUCUUCCAGGCCUUCGGGGACUUGAAGGAUGUGAGGGAGUCGGCGCACCGGCCCAGCCACAAGUUCGUCGACUUCUUCGACACCCGCGACGCCGCGCGGGCGCUCGCGGAGCUUAACGGCCAAGAGCUCUUCGGCCGCCGCCUCGUCAUCGAGUUCACGCGCCCUUCCGGCCCCGGGCCCCGCAGGCGCGGCGGGUACGUGCCCCACCACCGGCCCAGCGCACCGACUCCGCCGAGGCAUCAGGCGGCGUGGCGGCCGUCCCAGCUGCCGUCGUCUCAGCCGUCUGCCUCUUCCUCGUCGUCGUCCGGGUCUGUGAGGGCGAGGGAAGGAGUGGUGCUCCUGAGGAGGAGCUCCUCUAAGUCCAGCGCAGGCGAUCAGUCCAAGGGCGGCGGUGCUGGCACGAGCCACGAGCGCAAGGGCAAGGGUGGCAACAAGGUCGUGUCGCCGGCGCCCUCCUCGUCGACGGCGACAGCACCCGUGAAGCAAGCCCAGAAAGCAGCCGGGAGCAGCGGCGGCGGGAAUUGGAAAGGACGGAAGAGCGGGUGGGAGGCGCGGUUCCUGUUCAAGGAGCCCGAGGCCGCCGGCGACGCCGCUGGCACGCAGGCUGCGGCGGCGGCUGUGGAGAUGGACACGAGGACCACCGUCAUGAUCAGGAACAUACCCAACAAGUACAGCCAGAAGCUGCUGCUCAACAUGCUGGACAACCACUGCAUCCAGUCCAACGAGCGGAUCGCGGCAGGCGGCGAGGGCCAGCCCUUCUCCUCCUACGAUUUCGUCUACCUCCCCAUCGAUUUCAAUAACAAGUGCAAUGUGGGCUACGGCUUCGUCAACCUGACCUCGCCUGAGGCCGCCGUGCGGCUCUACAAGGCGUUCCACAAGCAGCCGUGGGAGGUGUAUAACUCGCGCAAGAUCUGCCAAGUCACAUACGCGCGCGUACAGGGCCUGGAGGCGCUGAAGGAGCACUUCAAGAACUCAAAGUUCCCGUGCGACAGCGACGAGUACCUGCCGGUGGCGUUCUCACCGCCGCGCGACGGCAAUCUGCUGACGGAGCCGGUGCCUAUCGUCGGCCGCUCGCCCGCCGCGUCGUCGUCGUCGCCUCCCAAGAGCCCGACCGCCAGCAUCGACCCGCUGACGCAGCAGCUGAUGCCGGCGCCCUCCUCGUCCGGCGACGGCGACGGCGACGGCGCGUCUUCGACCACGGCGUCCGCCCACGCGCCGUCCGACGACGACCACGCCGACGACGACAACGAGGAAGACAGGCUCGCCGGCGAGCUGCGGCGCCUGGGCUACACCGACUAGCUCGCUAGGGAGGCCUAGCUUAGCGGCGAUCGGCAGGCGCGCGUGCGCCGCGUUGCUUCGAGAACCGGAGGUAAUGAUGGUGGCCGAGCCUCUCGCUGAUCCGUAGCCUCCUGCACGCGCAGCGAGCGAAGUGGAGUGGAGUGCCAAUUCAUUUAUGGCACAUGAAGCACAUAGAGGGGGUAGAAAGGACUUGGAAAGAGAAGAAGGGAUUGGGUGGGUGUUCGUUGGCUCGUAGAAGCUGCAGCAGGUGUGGGUCGUGUUCUUUUGGGUUUUGGUUUGAAGUUUCCGUCGUUGAAACUUGGAGCUAGCUAGCGUAGCUUUUAGCUAGGACUAUCAAUUCUUUGCUCGCCAUGCGUUCGUUCCUUACAUUAAUUACUACAACA